AUGAAUAGCAAGAGUGAAACCAAAAUAAAACAAAUAGGUGAUUACGCUUUUGAUUUAAAUAAAGAAAUAGGAUCUGGAUAUUCCUCCAAAGUGUAUUUGGGAGAAAAUUUAAAAAACAAAUAAAUAGUGGCAAUCAAAGUUAUUAGUUCUUAGACAUACACCUCUCCAAUCUAAAAAUCUUUACUAAAAAAUGAAAUCUCCAUCCUGCUCAGAAUUGACCACCCUCAUUUAAUGAAAGUGUUUGAAGUUAGUCAAAGUGCCAAUAAUACAUAUAUAGUAACUGAGUUUUGCAAUGGAGGAACCCUGGAACUUCAGAUGAAAUAAAAUGAAUUGCCAAUCUCCAAAGUCUUCUAAAUCCUAAAACAAAUCUCGUUGGGAAUACAAGCUCUGCACAAUAAAAAAAUCAUCCACAGAGAUCUGAAGCCUGCCAACAUACUAAUCCACGAGAAUGUGUACAAACUAGCUGACUUUGGAUUUGCACUCAUCGAAGAUCAAAUAGAAAGCAUAAUCAAAAGAUUCAACGUUGGCACUCCACUCUACAUGGCUCCUGAAAUUCUACUAAAUAACCAAUAUUCUGAAAAGAGUGACAUAUGGGCACUCGGCAUCAUGACCUAUGAACUCAUCUUUAAUUGCAUUCCCCCUUACAAAUCUGAUAUCAAGGUUCUCCACAAUGACAUACUAAAAAAAUCACAGAAAGUAGAUCUCUAAUACCAAAGCAUAAUUAAAUAAUUGCUGUUUGCUAUGUUAUAAACAGAACCCAAUAAUCGAGAGAAUAUCAACUAGAUUCUAAACUAUAUAAUGUAAGAUAAAGCAGAAACUGUAUCUCCAAGAAUUCAAUAGCAAUUUAUCAAAGUACCAUCCUUUGGUGUACAAUCCAAUCUGAGUUCUCCACUAUCAACCCCAAAAUAAGUAAACACUCUUGAAAGCAACAGAUAAAAGUACCAAAAAAAGGUUUAAACUCACACCAAAGCAUAAACGUUUGAUUCUUUAAAAUUCUUGAGUUUAAAUAAAUACAAAGAUGUCCAAACCAAGAUGAAUUCUGUGUCUGAUUUCAACACAAUGGAAGAUCAGCCUAAAGUAUUUUCUCAAACUUCAACUAAAAAGAAUCGUGAAGUCUUAGGUUAAUAAUCAACUGAAUGCUCCUUUUCUACUGCAAAUAAUAGCAACAGACCAAAAACAAUGAGAUUGAAAAUGUAGCUAACUCAAUUGCCAGCAAUAGUUUUACCAACAUAUUAUUUUUGUCUAUUUUUGGAAAAUUUAAUCAAAACUAUGGAUUGUUCUACUGAACAGAAACAAUAAUGCAAUUUUCUAUUUAGAAAACUGUUGGCAAUCAAAGCCAAAGCGUUUUAUUCAUUUGCACCGUAGACAAUAAAAGACUAAUUGUCUCAAUGGAUGAAUUAAUUAAGCGUUUACUAUUAGAAGAUAGAGCACACUCUCAAUUUUACCUUGGAUAACACAUUUUAAAUCUUCUUCAACUCUUUGUUGGAAGAUUAGGGUAAGUUGUUGAGUAUGUAUUUGGUUAGUUUGUUGAGUUAAGUGGUUUUAAAGGAAUAAAACCCAGACUUUGAAACUUUGAUUGACAUUCUACAAGAAAAUGUGAAACAUCAAAAUGACCCUUUUUUAUUUGCUAGAAAAUGGGCACACAAUCAAAUACCGUGA